AUGAGCUCGUACAGCAGUUCACAGAGUUCAGAGGCGAUAGACCUCGAGGUAUUUGGAAACUUUGACAACUCGGGCACUCCAGACGAGAUGCGUUCGGGAUACAAAGUGCCCCCCAUCAAGGGCUACAACCAUCUCUUCAAGCUUCUCGAAGGGAAUGAAGAGCUCGAGAACACUCCUGUCCGGACAGAAGUGUUUUCUGGAACAAUUCGACAACACAACUUCAUCACUAAAGGUGAAGUGAUUCGCAAGCAGGGCCGAACAAUCGGCAAGGUUGGCCGCGUCUCUAUCUGUAGAGACCAGAAGAGUCUUCUCCCUGGCGUCCUCAGUAUCAAAAAGGACGAAUACCAAGUCCUCGACAGCGAGGCCAGAGACCGACUUGGAAUGUUUCUCCAAGUCUACUGCCCCGAGAGAGCCGAUUGGGUGAUCACCGACAACCAAGAGACAUCCAUCGACACAUUCACCGACCGCACUCUGGAGCUCACUCAACCCAUCUCCGAGGAGCUGACUCUCCUUCCCAACCGCCUCCAGAGACUCUCCGAUUUUUUCUACGAGCCCAAUAUCAGCAAGGCCGAGUACCUCCUUGUGUCCCGGGUGAUUCAAGUCCAGGCCCAUCGCGCCGCGGAGCUCGUCGACACCGUCUGCAAACUCCUACAGCCUAACGAAUCAAGAGCCCAGAGUCCCAGAUCCAUGGACGAGCGCCCCCGCGAGCAGCCUCCCCAAGGAAAUCGGGAGAAAACAGAUCAAACUGCGAGACUGAUGGAGCAUCAGAUGGAGGAGAUGCGGCGCCACCACGAAGUGUACCAGGAGCUUCUAGAUGACAGCACCCGCUCUGCCGAGAGUGUCACCGAGCGUCUCUCCACCGUCGCCGACAGAGUCGAGUCAUUCAUCCGCGGGGCCGAUAUGGAUCAGGUCCAACGCAUCCGCCAGCUUGAGAACAUCUCCAUGCUCGUCACGCGCAUGGUGGACAGAGACCUCCCACAACAGACGCCGGAGUCCACUCCCGCCAAGAAGCGUCUGCGGUCUGAAUCUCCGGGCAUCUCAGAUGAAGACCCGUCCGACUAUACGGAUGGCUCUGCCUCCGAGCGAUCACACAAGCGUGCCAAGCAUUAA